CCUGGCGCCUAGCACCGGGAAUGUGCCGUACGGAUCCGAACUCCAGGGCGUCGCGCCGUCGCCGCACCUUGACGCAUCCUAAAAGCCGGCACCAAGGCAUUCUUGAUAGUCAUACCGUGGUCAGAUGUAUCGGCGUUGGCAGAAAGAUGCGGUCGACAAGUAUCACAGCCUUGAAUCCUUUAAUACUUUUCUUGGGCGCCUGACUCCGCUUACUGGUCCGAACGUACUGGCCGUCUGCGAUACGGCGGAUCUUUACUCCGUGCUAAGCGUGCUUCAUAGCAAGGGCCGCAAUCCUGAGGUCAAAGUUAAUACCAACCCAGGCUUCUAUUAUUUUCUGGCCAAUGCUGUCCAGCCCGAAGCAAGCGAUGCCGGGCUCGUGGCGGACGUAAGCACAGGCACCGCCGAUAGUGCGGCAGUGACGGCUGGCGAUGGCGUGCGGCGUGAGGCCGUUGUCCCGAUCAGCAGCAAGAGCACAGCGCUGACAUCGGAAAUGUUCGCGAAGUUCUUCAUGCUUGAGGCCCAUCCAAACGUGUCGCAUAUCUUGCUUGCGAUCAUCGACGACGAUGGCUCCGUCUCCCUGACCCGCGUCUUCAACUAUGUGCAACCACCGUUUGAGGGGCCGGAAACCCUACCUCCACUAGAAGCUGCUGAAGGUGGUGCGGGAGGCGAAAGCGACGAUGAAGGCUCCUGAGGCAGUCCCAAGUUCUGAUACCCUCCUUGUUGCACAGCUUGGAACCCGGACGCAGGGUUUCGUCCGACAAGACUGGCCUUGAUCCCUUGACCCCUGGAAUGCGGCGAGGGGGGCCUUGCGCCGCUGUACAUCCCCAAGAUACCCGCCCUCCCCCUCCUUCAUAUGCAAGGCGGCUUCUUCCCCAAGUCAUCUCUGUUUCUGGUAAGCAAUUGGUGGCUGUUUGGAGCGGCUACACCACUUACCAGGAGAGCAUCCAGCUUGCUGAGUCGGAGCUGGCUCCGGAGCUCGAGCUGGGGCCAAUUGAAUGCUUACGACGCCUAGUGGCGUCGUGAAAUGCCCUUUCUUAAGGCAACAAUCUGUAACGAG